UGGCUGACAAACUGACAAGUAAAGUUUGACAAGACAAGAAUCAAAAGUGUUUAUGAUUUACAAAAAAAAAUCAUAAUCGGUGUAUAAUAGGCUUGGUCCAGGCAUUUUCAAUCAUUAAUUCUAUAAUUCUCGAAGCGUAUCAAAAAUUAGUAGUAUAUAUUACUGUAAGAAGUAUAACCAACAUGUCUCAAGCUCGUCUUCCGCCUUGUAUUCCCUUGCCUUUGGAGCACAAAUUAUUAGUUACUGUGAUAGAGAAAGCUAAAGAUUGGGCCCUUAUGCAUGGUGUUGGAAUGCGAGACAAAAAACAUUUCACCAAGGACUCCAUACAGAUUGCUCCAUUCGUGUUACUGCCAUCUCCGUUUCCGAGCACCGAGUUUAACAAAGCAGUGGAACUCCAACCAGUCCUCAAUGAACUUAUGCAUAAGGUUGCUCAUGAUGUGGAAUUUUUAGAACAUACAUUACAAAAUGCAUUACAAGUUGAUGAGUUCACAGCAAAUCUUUAUGAUAUAUGGAUAAAAGUACGCGAAGAAGGAAUAACUCAGCCUAUAACACUUGGCAUGCUGCGCUCGGACAUAAUGCUGGAGUCAAGGUGUCCGCAUACAGUGAACCAGUGCGCGAAGCACACACCGUAUUGUUCUUGGAAGCAGGUGGAAAUCAACAGCAUAGCGUCGGGAUUUGGUCACCUUGGACCGAUAUCGAGAGACAUACAGAGCUAUAUUCUUCGCCAGUUGGGACAUGGAGAUCUUAUUAAAAAGAUGCCAGAGAACGGUGCUCUAUCAGGACUUUGUAGUGGCAUAAUCGAGGCAUAUGACCUUUUCGGUGUCGCAAGUGCCAUCAUAAUAUUUGUGGUAGAAGAGGUGUCAUACAACAUAUGUGAUCAGAGGUUCCAUGAGUUUGAGAUAUCAGAGAAAAGGCCCGACAUCAUGAUACAUAGAAAGACUUUGAACGAAUUGUAUGAAGAGACAACAGUCAAUGAUAAGAAGCAAUUAAUAUUGGAGGGGCGGCCGGUAGCGGUGGUGUACUACAGGUCGGGCUACGAGCCCUCGCAGUACCCCUCCUCUCGCGAGUGGGACGCUCGGCUGAGGGUAGAAAGGUCCUCAGCGAUAAAAUGUCCAUCGAUACAGUAUCAAUUAGCUGGCACAAAGAAAGUGCAGCAGACGCUGGCGUCUCCCGGCGUGCUGGAGAAGUUCAUGGGCGGCGGCGCGACCACCGCCAGCGUCCGCGACAUCUUCACCGGCCUGUACUCGCUGGACUUCGACGAGAGUGGGGAGAGGGCAGUCGAUAUGGCGUUAGCUGAUGCUGAGAGAUUCGUGCUGAAGCCGCAGCGCGAGGGCGGCGGCAACAAUCUGUACGGCGCGGAAGUGCGCGAGGCGCUGCUGCGCAUGCGACACAGCCGCGAGCGCGCCGCAUACAUACUCAUGGAGCGGAUACUACCCCCGCUGGUGUCAGGGUACGUGGUGCGGCCGGGCGCGCCCGUGCCGCCGCCGCUCACCGACCUCGUCUCCGAACUCGGGAUAUUCGGAGUUAUUAUUGGAACUAAAGAGAAGAUAUUCAGCAAUCGUCAAGUAGGUCACAUGUUGCGUACGAAGCUCGCUGACGCCAACGAGGGCGGAGUCGCCGCGGGGCUCGGCGCACUCGACUCGCCCUUCCUGCUGGACUUAUAACGUAAUUUAAUUAAUUUAAUUAUACUGACUUUAUGGUUAAAUUCAUGUCUGUAAACAUUUAAACCCGGUUUGGAAAAAUUUAAACCCAGGUUUGUAAACCCAGAUUCAUGUUAAAUGUAAACCAAGUAUAUAAAAUUAGAUUCAUGUUAAAGGUAAACCAAGUUUGUAAAAUCAGAUUCAUGUUAAAUGUAAACCAGGUUUGUAAAAUUAUGAUCAUGCUAAAAGUAAACCAGGUUUGUAAAAAUCACACGUAAUAGUUUAAACCAGGUUUCAAAUUCAUAUUUAUAAUAGUUUAAUUUAGUUUUUUCAUCAUAUUUAGUAUGUCUAUAAAUUGAAUUUAAUAAUAAAAGUCGGUAUUAAAAGCUACGUUUCGUUACAACAUUGGAAGGUGUUUUGUCUCGCUCACUCGUACUGUUUAUAUACCGAUAUCCUAUUCUUGCGUAAUUUAACGGCAAAAUUGAGAAUUUUCUCGCAUUUUAAAUAAUAUUUUUUAAUAUAUUUGACAUAAAAAACUACUAAUUUCAGUUUGUAUGACGUGUUAAUUUGAAUUAUUUUAUAUAGUGAUUUUAUUUCUUUGAAAAAGCAAAAUCUUUUAAUAUUCGAUAACAUGCAUAAUUAUUUCAGUUAUAUCAUGGAAUUAAUUUUAAAUUUAUACCAAAUAUAAAAAUAACGAGCACAAGAAAUAU